CAACAAACGUGGGCAACUACAUUAAAUUAAAAUAAAACAAAGCAACAAAACGCUACCACUACCGCUUCACACUUGUAGCAUCAGAAACAACAAGUUGUAGUCGCAUUGAUUUCAACUCGCCGGUAAACGCCACCGGACUUCGUCGUCGGCCGCUACAAACAUCACAACGGCACUCCAGUAGUAUUGGGAAGUUUUUAUGGCCAUUGCAUUCAAGUCAUCUUGUUUUUUGCAAUUCAACAAACCCAAUACCGGUUUUGGGCUCAGCUUUUCGUCGAGAAAACCUGUCAUAAUCUCUGUAAAGAGAUACACUUCGGUGGCUGCUAUCAAGACUAUGGAAACAGUUGGGAUCUCUGAAACAUUCAACAGGCUCAAGAAACAAGGAAAGGUGGCUUUGAUCCCAUUCAUCACAGCCGGUGAUCCCGACCUUUCAACCACAGCAGAAGCACUGAAAGUUCUCGAUUCCUGUGGAUCUGAUAUUAUUGAGCUUGGCGUUCCAUAUUCUGAUCCUUUGGCAGAUGGUCCUGUUAUUCAGGCUGCUGCUACACGAGCUUUAGCAAGGGGGAGCAAUUUUGAUUCAAUUAUUUCUAUGUUGAAUGAGGUUAUUCCACAAAUAUCUACUCCGAUUGCACUGUUUACUUAUUACAACCCAAUCCUGAAGCGUGGUACUGGAAAAUUUAUGUCCAUCGUAAGAGACACUGGCGUUCAUGGGCUUGUAGUCCCCGAUGUUCCUCUGGAAGAGACGAAAACUUUAAGGGAAGAAGCUAAGAAGCAUGGAAUUGAACUGGUACUCCUCACGACUCCCACCACUCCGACAGACCGGAUGAAAGCCAUUGUUGAUGCUGCAGAAGGAUUUGUGUAUCUUGUGAGCUCUGUUGGGGUCACUGGAGCCCGAGCGUCAGUUAGUGGUAAAGUUCAGGCCCUUCUGCAGGACAUCAAAGAGGCAACAACUAAGCCUGUGGCAGUUGGUUUUGGGAUAUCAACACCUGAGCAUGUGAAGCAGAUAGUGGGAUGGGGAGCUGAUGGCGUGAUUGUUGGCAGUGCUAUGGUGAGGUUGCUUGGUGAAGCCAAAUCUCCUGAAGAGGGACUGAAAGAACUGGAAAAAUUCACCCGCUCCUUAAAAUCAGCACUUGAUUGAAAUUAUGUAUGAAUUAUUACAAACUUCCAGUAGUUUUUUGUUGUCGAUCCAUUCUAGUAGUUGUGGUCUUCAUAAAUGAUGGAUUGAAUAGGAUCUGUUCCAUUUUUUUAUACAAUUUUGAAUAUGGCCAAGUUUUUGUACAUUUUCAAUUAUGAAAGGAUAUUUUCGUUACUGAGA